AUGCGACCGACUUCGUGGCCCGACGUACGCGCGCGUAAAUACGUACAUACGGCCGCGCCGGCUGACGCGUACGUGUGUACGUAUUUGCGUAUUCAAAUUGCAUCGGACGGGCGUCGGGCGUUCGCGCUGUGCGCGCGGUCGCGCGUCCAAAUCGCUAAAGCCGGCUUUAAACUAUUUUCCAUCGCGGCGGCGGCGUGCAGGCGAGCGGUACCAGCCGGUGGGAGGGGCGACACAAAUACAUCUCACCUA